GGGUUUUGUAGGCAUAUAUGCGAUAACUAAACAGCUCUUACUUUUGCUUGACAAGGACGAAAUCUUGGAUUUUUGGAGACGCUGUUAGGAAAUCAGAGCCAUGGCGAUGCAGCAGCUGGGCCGCAAUGCGGGUGCAUGCUUUGCGUCGAGGGCGGUGUCAGCUGGUUUGGGGGCUUCAUCCGUUAAGAGAGGAAAAACAAUAACUCUGCCACCUGCUCGCAGUUUCUGUUCUGAUGCUACUCCACGUUUGAAGGAAAGGCUUCAUGAUCGCGUGCUUAAAUUUUUGGACUACAUCGCUCCGUUGCCUCUACUGAUGUUUGGUGGAUGUCUUGAUGUCUAUUAUGACUAUAAGGAGGAGAGGGAUCGUGGUGGCUUCAGCGACGUUAACGGCGGUGGCAGCGUCAGGGAGGGUUGAAAGUAGUAGCAAGGAU